UUCCUUCCGGCCGCCAUUUUGUCGGCCGUGCCUCGCCGUGCCGCCGCUCGGGGAGGGAGCGCAGCGCGCCCGCCCGCCCGCCGCACCCGGACGGACCGACCGCCCGCCAGCCAGACCGACCGAUCGCUAUCGUCAUGUCCAAGCGCCACCGCCUCGAUCUGGGCGACGAUUAUAGCUCCAGCAAGAAACGCACCACCGACGGGAAAGAUCGGGACCGGGACAGGGACCGAGAUGACCGUUCGAAAGAUCGGGACAGGGAUCGUGACAGAGACAGAGAUCGUGACAGAGAGAGGGACAAGGAAAAAGAUCUGCGACCUACAUCCAACUCCACGUAUUAUGCAUCUGCUGGGUUACCAGCUAUAAAACCAGCAAUGAUUCCACACAGUAUUAACCCUUUCACAAAUCUACCGCAUACUCCACGAUACUAUGAUAUCCUGAAAAAAAGGCUACAGCUUCCUGUAUGGGAAUAUAAGGAAAGAUUUACAGAUAUUUUGGUUAGGCAUCAGUCAUUUGUGCUGGUUGGAGAGACUGGGUCUGGUAAAACAACACAGAUCCCUCAGUGGUGUGUUGACUACAUGCGCUCGUUACCUGGCCCCAAGAGGGGCGUCGCGUGUACCCAGCCCCGGCGAGUGGCAGCAAUGAGCGUGGCACAGCGCGUUGCUGAUGAGAUGGAUGUCAUGCUGGGCCAGGAGGUUGGCUACUCCAUUCGGUUUGAAGACUGCAGUAGCGCUAAAACCAUUCUGAAGUAUAUGACUGAUGGUAUGUUGCUUCGUGAAGCAAUGAAUGAUCCUUUGCUGGAGCGCUAUGGUGUUAUAAUUCUUGAUGAGGCCCAUGAGAGAACACUGGCUACAGAUAUCUUGAUGGGAGUUCUGAAGGAAGUUGUUAGACAAAGAUCUGAUCUGAAGGUUAUAGUUAUGAGUGCUACUUUAGAUGCUGGCAAGUUUCAGAUCUAUUUUGAUAACUGUCCUCUUCUAACUAUCCCGGGUCGCACCCAUCCUGUGGAGAUAUUCUAUACUCCAGAACCUGAAAGGGACUACCUUGAGGCUGCCAUUCGAACAGUGAUACAAAUCCACAUGUGUGAAGAAGAAGAAGGAGAUCUCUUACUCUUUCUUACUGGACAAGAGGAGAUUGAUGAAGCCUGCAAGAGGAUAAAACGUGAAAUUGAUGACUUAGGUCCUGAAGUUGGUGACAUAAAAAUCAUUCCAUUGUAUUCUACCCUUCCUCCACAGCAACAGCAAAGAAUAUUUGAACCUCCCCCACCAAAAAAACAAAAUGGAGCAAUAGGAAGAAAGGUUGUGGUGUCCACUAACAUUGCUGAGACAUCAUUGACAAUAGAUGGCGUAGUGUUUGUGAUUGAUCCUGGCUUUGCAAAACAGAAGGUGUACAAUCCUCGUAUCAGAGUGGAGUCUCUGUUGGUGACUGCGAUCAGUAAAGCCUCUGCCCAGCAGCGAGCUGGCCGUGCUGGUCGUACUCGACCAGGCAAGUGCUUCAGGCUUUAUACAGAGAAAGCCUACAAAACUGAAAUGCAGGACAACACAUACCCUGAAAUUUUGAGGUCUAACUUAGGAUCUGUAGUGUUACAGCUCAAGAAGCUUGGUAUAGAUGAUUUGGUGCACUUUGAUUUUAUGGAUCCUCCAGCUCCUGAAACUCUGAUGAGAGCCUUAGAGCUUUUAAAUUAUCUGGCUGCUUUAAACGAUGAUGGAGACUUGACUGAGUUGGGAUCCAUGAUGGCUGAAUUUCCAUUGGAUCCACAGCUGGCUAAAAUGGUUAUUGCAAGCUGUGACUACAACUGUUCUAAUGAGGUCCUAUCUAUUACUGCCAUGUUGUCAGUCCCACAGUGUUUUGUUCGCCCCACGGAAGCAAAGAAAGCAGCAGAUGAAGCCAAGAUGAGGUUUGCCCACAUAGAUGGAGAUCAUUUGACGUUGCUGAAUGUCUACCAUGCUUUCAAGCAAAAUCAUGAGUCGGUUCAGUGGUGUUACGACAACUUCAUUAACUACAGGUCCCUGAUGUCUGCAGACAAUGUACGCCAACAGCUGUCACGAAUCAUGGAUAGAUUUAAUUUGCCUCGUAGAAGCACAGAUUUUACCAGUCGAGACUAUUACAUCAACAUAAGAAAGGCAUUAGUUACUGGGUAUUUCAUGCAGGUGGCACAUUUGGAGCGAACAGGGCAUUACUUGACAGUGAAAGAUAACCAGGUGGUGCAGUUGCAUCCCUCCACUGUUCUUGAUCACAAACCAGAAUGGGUGCUGUAUAAUGAGUUUGUCCUUACAACGAAGAAUUACAUCCGGACAUGUACAGACAUCAAGCCAGAAUGGCUGGUGAAAAUUGCCCCUCAAUAUUAUGACAUGAGCAAUUUUCCACAGUGCGAAGCAAAGAGACAGUUGGAUCGCAUCAUUGCCAAACUUCAGUCCAAGGAAUACUCACAAUACUGAAUUUAUGCUUUGAACUGAAGUUAUUCAGAGGACAGCUUUAAGAGAUGAAAGGAUUCAAAGUUCAAGUUGUGCUCUUCACUUUGGUUCAAUAAUGGCCUUUAUUUGAAAGCUUUUUAAUUUUUCUUUACAGUAAAUAUUCCAUUCUGAUUUCAUAAAUUAAACAUUUAUGCCUCCCUUUUGUGUUGACACUGUAGCUCAUACUGGAAAAGCUAAUCAAUGUUUUGCAGUUUAUUGAAAGUAGUUCUAUAUAUAACAAUGUUAUAAGCAUUUCUUUAGAAAUGGUUGAAAAUGCUUCUAAAAAUGUGAUUAUCGACCAUGGUAUGCAUGAUCGUUGUAAUUGUUGACAUUCCUUUUAGAAGUUGUGAAAUGUUACAACUUGUGCUUCUGUAGACACAAUCUUUGGCUUCAGUACAAGGGUACUGACUUCAAUAAAGUCUAUUUAUACUAAUUUUGUGCCACAGUAUGUCAGUAUUUCUAUUGUUUUGAUUGUAAUAUGAGAAGCCCAUUUAGUCUCCCAUUAAACUGCUGUUUGAUUGACAUGGCAGUAGUUUAAUAUUUUAAUAUUAAAAAUACAGAUGUUUAAUCAGCACAAUGAUGAUAUAAUAUGAUGCAUACAAUGUUGAUCCCUUGCAAACUUGUUAAAAUUAUUUAGGAAAACUCACAAUGCAUGCAGAUGUGUUAGGAGAAUGCUUUCUUCAAACAUAGCCCUAAAUAUUUCUCAGACAGAACUGUAGUAGCGUGUCCUAUAAAGUGAAGUAUGUGCGGCCAGGUAGAAAUUUCUCUGCUGGGCAGUGUUGAGGUUCUGUUUAGGAUCAACACAAACAAUAGCAUAAGUGACACUGUAGAUCAAAUCACACUGCACCGUUGUAAUUUUAUAGUGAUUUUUCAUGAAAUAUGAUUUGACAGCAUAAUCCCAUGAGGAAUUUAUAGUAAAAUUUGAUCAUAGGGCUGGAGCACCUCUCUUAGGAGGACAGGCUGAGAAAGCUGAUACUGAUUAGCAUGGAGAAAAGAAGGAAGGGACCUUACUGUGGCCUUAAAAUACCUCCAGAGGUUUUAGAAGAAUGAGUGAGGAUUUUUACCAAGGCCUGUGGUAAAAACUUUUACCAGUUACAAGACAAGGGCAAGGGUUUUACUCUGGUAGAGGGUAGAUUGAGACAUAAGGAAGAAAUUGGUCGCUGUGAAGGUGGUGAGGCACUGCAACAGAUUGUCCAGGGAAGUUGUGGGUGCCCAGUCCCUAGAGUGUUCCAGGUUAAGUUGGAUGGGGCUUUGAGCAGCCUGGUCUAGUGGAAGGUGUCCUUGCCCAUGGCAGGAGGGUUGGAACUAGAUGAUCUUUAAGGUCUGGUUGAACCCAAGCCAUUCUGUGGUUUAAUGUAUUUGAUCAGAUUUCUGGUUUUCCCUCCCUCUGGAAUACAUUGAGCUUUGGUCCUUCUGGCAAAGAGCAGCUGGAUCAGCUCUUGCUGAAACUGGUUCCCUUAGGAAGAGAUCUGUGCUGCUGUAAGGCUGAAGCAAAAAUAGGUUACAUUUGCAGAGCUGAUAACUAACCUCAGACUAAUUUUAAGCACUGAUGUUUGGGGUAUCCUGUCCUAUUUAAAUCAGCAGUGGGCUAUAAAAUUACUUUGAAUACUUGGAGGAUUUUCUUCCAGUUCCAACUUUUUUUUUUUAAAUUGCCAUUUAUAUGAUGGGGAGUAGAGAAGUUUUGAAAACUUCGUUAGGACCUAAAAUAGUAACAGUGAAGAUAAAGAUGUCAGAAGAUUGAAAUUUGAGUGGAUGUAUAAUAUGCAGUGGGACUUGGGAGCCUGUCUUGGGUUUGCUAAGUGAGAGGGAGUGUUAGAUGAGUCUGGACUUUGUUACCCUACCAAACCAUUUCCAGUAGGAAGGAAGGAAAGAGCUUCAUUCUGCAUAAAAUGUCAAAUGAUUGUGUUUUCAGACUGCAGUUAGCAGAGGUUUUAUUUAAAAUAGGGAUUCUGCACUCCUUAAGCAGCUGGAUUUCAUACUAGUAUUCCUGAAUGUGCAAGUGUUGGUUUUGCAAAUUGCUGUUCUAGGAUGACUUGGGCUGGAUAUGUGGGCUUUCCUGAUGACUUGCUUAUCCUCGAUGUGGUGGGCAGAGGGGGCUGCUUUGUGCAAUGCUGAAAACUGGCUGCUCCCCAGGUAAGAAUUGCUCUAGUAUUUGUGGGCAGCCUUCAGCUGAAUGGUGUAGAACCACCUUCUGCAUGACUUUGCCUGGGUCUGGCAAGGGCCACAGACAGUUCUCCGCUUGAAACGCCUCAGGGACCCCAGAACCAGCUGGCAUCAGCUGCUGUAGCUUAGGUCCUUGGGGAUGGGGGAGCAGAUGGCUAUGGCUGUGAGGGGAACUUGACACAGGAAAGACUUUGGCUUGUUUUUGGUGGUUUUCUUUUUCCUUAAAUUGUCAUACCCACAAGCUCAGCUUGGGCUGUGACAGCUGACCUGGGCUCUUUCACUGUGCUACUAGGAAUGCAAAUACUUCUGGCCAAACUUACAUCCUCUGACAGCUGUGCAACCCUGCCACCUUCCAAUUAAGCUGGUGCCACCUGGGCUUAAUUGGAAGGCUGGUGGUGUCCCAGCUGUCACUGGGGACAGAGCAGGCCCCCACCCCUCCUGCAAGCUACGGGAAACAGCUUUCCUGCUGGGAUGCUGAUGGACUCUGGGGAAUAGUGCUUCAGGAAGACAUGGAAGCCUUGACACCUGGGGAACCUAUUGCAUUUGAUACUUGUGUAUUCCUGAAAACACACCCCUGUAUUGAAGAAUUCACAAAAUACUUUGCAAUACUUGAGUUUAGGACUAAAGCAUUUUCUUACAGGGGACUAUGUGUGCUGUGUGUGAAGUCUUUUGCAAAGAAUUGAGUCGUGGAGAAUGGCCCCAGGGUUGGAGGGGCUUUGUGCAGUCUGUUGUCUGCGCAGUACUGAUCUCAACUGAGGCCAUUCAGGGGUUCGGGGCAGAAACACAGACUCACUUAAAUCACUGUGGAUAUCUUAGAGUUACUGCAAAUCUCACUUUUGAUGUAAUUUUAGAGCCAUAUAGCAGUGGGAGGGGAGCCAGGUGUCUAUGGAGUCACUACCUAUCUCUGAAGAAGUAAUGACAGUGACAGCAGGGCUUCUUGAAGUAAGAUGUUUCCUGACUCCUACAGGGAAACUAUUAGGAGCAACCUCCUUAGGUACUGCUGUCUCAGGGGUACAGCAGAUGCAUGCAGAGGAACUUCGGUUUGAGAGUAGCUCUGGGUUUUUUUAAAGUUCAGUGUUGAAAGAUAAAACCUUGUUCCGUUUUUUCUGAUGGGAAAAAUGUCAAAAAGGCUGCCCAGAGAAACAAAAGGAGACCAAGAAGGAGACAUAGAAAUCAGUCUGCUUUAUCUGUGAGCAUAGGGAGGUUACUGCCUCGCUCUUAAACGUUAAAAAUACUCAGAACUCUGCCCAUGGUCAGAGCUCUGCCUGCUUAUGCUUCUAUACUUACGCAGCAUGCAGUCAGUAAAUAAGGGGAAAAGCUGGAAAUCAAGAGUUUGCUGCUGUCAAAUAGAAAUUCAGCUUCUGUUUUGUUCUGUGCAAAGCCACAACUAGACUGCAUGACACUGGGGCUCUUUCUGCUGGUCUGUGGAGCGAGGGUUCCCAAAUAAAUUACAGAGCUGCCCCCAGCAGCUGCAACAUUUGCUGUUCUGCUGUGUUCCCUGCCUUACUUAUGCCACUUUAGAGUGUUCAGACUGCUAGUAAGGGUGUACAUGUGUUUUGGAGUAGAGAUGAACUGCUCCUUAGGAUUAACUGGUUAUCUGAUUUGGAACAAUCUAAAAGAAAAAGUGAUGUGUUGGUUACUUAGAGUGAUCUUUUUAUCAGAGACAUUCUGAUGUUUUUUGAAAAUAUUUGGUUUGUAUAUAAUAAACUGUUUAUAAUGUGGGACUUUUGGAAAUACAGAAUAUGGAUGAGAUGACAGGAAAACAGUACUAAGUGAAAGGAGUUUUAUUUUUUGAAAAGAGAAAGUCUUCAGUCUUAAUUGUGCUGCUGUGUAAUACCUCAGAGCAGUAAAGGGCUAGUAUCAGUGUGAGAUAAUAACUGUACUUAGGUUUGUUAGACACAGAGGUAGUUCCUAAUGGCUAAGUACACGUGGUUAGGUACAUACCUUCAAUAUGGAGAUACAAAGAAGUGACCAGUUAAUACUGUGUUUAGAUUAGCAUGUAGAAUUUUUGCCAGGGAAUAGAAUAAAUGGUGAGUCCAUGCUUUGCCAUGUUCUGAUGCCAUGAAAGCCCCUGAACUCUUGCUUUUGGGAGAUCUGUAUGUACUGCAGUACUAAAGACAGAUGCUGAUGUUCCUUUGGGGUUUAUGAAGGUGUCUUCAUUCCUUGUUCCUCUGCCCAUUCAGGGAAGGUAGAGAGCAGCUGGCGUGGGCCAGCCUGGGUUGGUGUGUUCUGUAUCACUUUGGUCAGUUUUGUCUGAUCACCACCUCCCUUUUUGGACCAGGGAUUGUGACACAGCAUUGGUUUGUGACAUGUAACUUGCAUCCUGCACCGCUACCCGGUGCAUACUGAAAACUGCUCAUUAUUUGCCAUAAGAAAUGCAAUUUAAAGCAAAAAUGCUGACAUUAGCUUUCACUAUUGUCAUGGUUUCAUUUGAAAAAAUAAAAGGCAAAGAGUUUUCCUACCAUCCAGUCCAGCUACAAUUAUUAAUUUGUAAUCAGAUUGCUGUAGUUCAUUGCUGAUAAUGUAUAGCAAUAAAAAGCCAUAGCACACCAUAACAGUAGAAAGCAGAGAGUUAUAUUGUAAAUUUAUUCACUUACUGUAGUUCGUGAAGAUUAGACAUUUAUCUUGGUUUUAGAACAGCUGAGGGUUUUAAUAAUAAACAUAUUUUACUAUUAGAAGUAUAAUCUUACUCUGGUAGUUUGUUGACCUUUCAAAAUCAUUUAACUUACUCUGGUAGUUUAUUGACCUGAAUUUAUUUAACCUUAUGACUAUGUAUGUGACAUUAGAUUUAUGUGAAGCAGAGGGAAAAAUUAUCUACUUGGUCAGCCUAGUUUGAUUUUCUACUAGUAGCUCUGACAGUGGUAGCUUUAUUUUGGGGUAUGUAUGCUUCCUGGAACUGUUCCUAGAAUUGGGCAUUGGUUCCCAGUAAUACAAAUGUCUCAUUUUUUUAAGCUUCAAAGAGGCAGCUUUAAAACCAGAAUGAAACCAUUAUGAGAGCAUUUGCCCCUCUCUUCUCUUUUCCUUUCACAAAUGACAAGCUUGGGCUGCCUCUUAAUUGGAACUGAUGUGUUUGAGAUAAGUGGUUGGCAUCAAGGAGAUCCAAGCUUCCACUAUCAAGGGAUUAAACUAAAUAUGGUAACGGCAGUAAAAUAACAUUCCUGUAGAUAACAAGACUAGUUCUGCUGAUUGUAGGUGUUUGAUCUUGCAAUUUCAACUCGAAUAUAGUGGUUUCUCAGGAACACUGAAUGUAUGUUGGACAGAUGAUAAAAUAAUUUUCAUUUGUGUACGUCUCAGCUCUGAGUGGUUCUUCCAGCUGUGAAAGCUAUGCAGUAGUUUUGUUGUAUAGAAAAAUAAAACAUAGCACAAAUUAAUGCUGAUAAUAAAUAUUUCUUGUGGCUUUAAA